UAGAGCAUAGUCUUAUUACAUAUAUGCUCUUUGCCCGCUACCGAUAUGGCAUCUCCUGCUUUACUCUUUGUGUACUGACAAUUUUGGCGGCAUCUUGCCAAUCUUGAACCAUUGAGCUUACAACGAAUUACACGUAUAUAGUUUCCUUCUGGAAUUUGCAAGAAUGAUUGUCAAAUUGGAAAAAAUAAUAAGCUGUUCUUCGGAACAUUCAUUGUAUCCUGCUGUCAAUCUUCUUCAACAUAAUUCAGAAAAUUGGAAAGCUACAUGGCGAUGUAACAAACCAGGAGAGAUGCUGGCACAUGUCAUCUUUCAGCUCUCUGAAUCUUCUUAUAUUACAGGAGUCGAUAUUGGUAAUUACCAGAGUUGCGUUGUGAUUGUUACUGGGUCUACAUCAUUGGAACCUGAUAAUUGGAUAGUUCUUGUUAACCACAAGUUUAUGACUAACGAUGAAGCUGCCAACAAUAAAUUUAAAGAUCAAGUUCAAUUAUUUACUAAAAGAGAAUUAAAUCCAGAUACUUUAAAGAUAAAAUUUGAUCGAAUCAAAGUUACCUGCAUGCAAUCUGCCAAUUUAAAAGUAUUGUUUGGAUUAUCAUAUAUCAUUUUAAGAUCAGAUCCCACGAUUGACUUGGGAUUGGAUGCAUUUGGUAAAUUUAAAUUGAAGCAACCACAUGUCAUAAAAACACCCAUGGAAAUGAUGAAGGAAAAAAUGUUUAACAAAAUGGAAAAUACAAAGACAGAUUAUAAGAAAGAAUUAUGUGAGCAAAUAAAAAAAGAGUCGAUGGAGAAUUUUAUUAAAUGUCAACAAGAACAAAAACUUAUCAAGAGACCAUUAUUAGAAAAAUUAGAAGCUGGAGAAGCUGAUCAUGUUUUUAGGAAAAAUGACAAAAUGCAACCUCAAUGUUCAAAAGAGAAGACGUUUUGUAAAAGUCCAAAAAAUAUUCAAAAUGUAUCAGUCGAAAAAGUAGUGAGAACUCCUUUUGGAGAUGUUGUACCUUUGCAAAAAACCGAUAAUAAUCAAAAUAAUAUCAGAAAUACUGCUCAAAAUUCUUUGAAACGUUCUUUGAAUAAAUUGGAAGAUUCACCAAAUGUAAAAUUCAGUGAAAAAAAGAAACAAAAGUGCUUGGAAUGUUGCACAUAUUCAAAUGAUCAAUUAUGUGCAACGUGUCAACGAUUGCAACAGUCCAAAGACAUCAAAAAUGCUUCUUUGCGAGUAAGCAACAACAUUCCUGCAAAACUAAAAAAAUCAUUUAAACAAUUGUUGAGCGACGUUACAUUCUCUCUCAGUGGAUAUGUUAAUCCACAGAGAGAUGAAAUUAGAAGAAAAGCUCUUAAUAUGGGUGCCAGAUAUAUUCCUGAUCCAAAUACAACUAAUAAAAAAUGUACUCAUUUAAUAUGUGCUUUUAAAAAUACACCAAAAUACCAACAAUUCAAAAAUCAUACAAAAAUUGUUUUGCAUACUUUUAUCGAGGAAUGUUUUGAUAAAAAGAAGAGAUUUUCAUGGAGGCGAUACGCUUUAGAUCAAAAGGACAAAUUGGAACCUGAGAGUGAAGAAGAAAUCGAUGGUAAUUCCUCGGAAUCUGUAUACGACAUAGACACUGAUGCUGAUUCGGAUUAUUAAAAUUUUAUUGUGAAUUAACAAUGAUCAAUCUUCGAAUUCAAUAUUUAUAUAUAUGACAACUGUUAUAAUUAAUAUUUUUUUUAAUUUUAAAUAAAUAUACUUUUAUGCACAUAAAUUAUACACACAUACAUACAGUAAGUUGUAUUAACAGGUACAUACAGACACAAUUAAAUAUUUUUGUAACAUAAAAUUGAAUAAACUUUAUAUUAAAUUGUUUUA